CGGAGGGACGCGAGGAGGCCGCCGCGGGCGCAGCGGGCACGUCGGCCGGGCCACCCCCGCGAGCCGGGCGCCGCCAUUCCGCUACUCGGGGCUCCGCCGCCGCCGCCGCCGCCGCGCCCGGGGGCCAUGCUCCCGCCGCCCCCGCGCCAGCCCCCGCCCCAGGCGCGCGCGGUCCGCGGGGCGGUGCGCCUGCACAGGGCCUUCCUGCGCGGCCCGCUGGGCGUGCUGCGGCUGCUGCAGCUGCUGGCCGGCGCCGCCUUCUGGAUCACCAUCGCCACGAGCAGGUACCAGGGCCCCGUGCACUUCGCGCUCUUCGUGUCCGUGCUCUUCUGGCUGCUGACCCUGGGCCUCUACUUCCUCACGCUGCUGGGCAAGCACGAGCUGGUGCCCGUGCUGGGUUCGCGCUGGCUCGUGGUCAACGUGGCGCACGACCUGCUGGCGGCCGCGCUCUACGGCGCCGCGACGGGCAUCAUGAUCGCGCAGACCCAGAGCCACAGCUACUGCAACCUCAAGGAUUACCAGAUGGCCUGCGCCUACCACGCCUUCUUGGCGGCCGCCGUCUGCGGAGGCCUCUGCCUCGGCCUCUACCUGCUCUCGGCCCUCUACGGCUGCUGCCGCCGCUACCAGGGGGAGCAGGAGGUGGCGUGAGCCGCCGCGCCGCGGGGCGGGGACCCUCCCGAGACCGGCGCCCCCGUCCUUCCUGCCGCCGCCGCCCCGCGCCCGUGCGCCCCGGCACCCACCCGUUGCCCUGCGCUCCCGCCCGCGCCCCGGCGCCCUGGCCGGCCGUUCCCGUCCGACAGCAGAGCCGCCGCCUAGCGUCCGGCCCGCCGCGCCGCCCGCGCCGGUUCCUGGGACCCGGGCAGGGCCGCCUCCGAGGAGCGGGCCCCCACACACCCUGGCUGUCCGAGGCGAAACCUCGCGCUUCCUCGCCCCCUUCCGUGCCGAGAGCUAGACGUGGACAGGCGCCGCGUAGAUCCGGGGGAGGCUCCCAAUUGGAACCAGCCUUCUGGCUGCGCCACUGCCCUCUCGCUCCCGCCCCGCUGUCGGAAGAGCACCCCUGUUCCCUGGCCCCUCUUUCAGCCUCGAGCGCUGUGAAGGGCAGUCUCGCAGCCGCGGGCAGAGCUGAGGACAGGCCUCCACUGGUCUCAGGAUGAGCGAAGAGUUUUCGUUUCAGCUCGGGGUUGUGAGGGCAUCCUGCGCAGUCGGCGCUCUGAUUUGGGUGGGGCCCGUCUGCAAAGGUGAGGAUGGAUUGGAAAGGCCUGCGGGCUGCACCUUUGCACUUUUGGAGUCUUCUCUCGCCUCUGCCUGCUCCGCGUUUGUCCUCGGGGUUCCUGGAGGCCAGGCCCAAACGCACACUAGCUUCUCUGGUCUCACCUUCCCAGACUUCCUCUCACGGGCUUCUGCUCCACCACCCCCACCUCCCAAUAUCUUUUUGCAUUAGGGAUCCCACAGGACCCUAAAGGAGUGUCAAGGGGAGCCUCACCCCUUGCUCUUGGGAAAGCCAGAAUAAGAUUAGAUCCCCGUUUCCGGUUUCCCAUUAGAACCACCUUCCCAUACUCCCAGUCCAGACUGUUUACAUCAAAGCAGUGGGUGUCUCCGGGAACCCUAGCUCUGGGGCUACCCUCUAAAAGAGGGUUUCAAUGCCAAAUGGGUUUGUCAAGGUGCUAUCUCGCUUUUUUGGAGAUUCACGAUGCUCAUUAGCAUAUCAAAGACUCUCAGAAGUCCCGCUAUAAAAGAAGCCCAAGUAAUUUAGUUUACAGUGUUACCUGCCUCUGGACCUGGACCAAUUAGAUUUUGCCACCUAAGACUUCCAAGCAUCCCUGUGCUGGCUUGGCUGUCAUUCAUUCCUAAGGGAUCCAACCCAUUGGCUAUGGUAUGAUUGAAGAUCUGGAGUGCUCCUUCUCUUUCCCAGGGAAUUUCUCUAGCAGAGGGAGGGCUUGCCUCAGUGGGGGAGAAGAUAGCUGUCCCUGCCAGGCCCGCAAGAGACGUGGGAAUUGAUGGGCCUGAAUGUUCCUCUACAUUGUUUGAAAAAUGAAGUCAAGGUUAUCCAGAUGGCUUCCCAGUCAAAAGGAACAUUGCCUAUAAGAGAUGCUGGCAUUGACUGUGAGCAACUGGCAGGAGUGGGUCUCACUCAGCGAAGAGAGAAGAAAACUCCAAAGUUGGGAUGAACAGCUGGCCCAGCCUCUGUAAGGUUUGCAUGUUGCUGAGACCACAGAGAUUCCCGUAGCGGUUCGGCCGACCUCUCCCAGGGCUCGCUUCCCUUGGCAGGGGACGCCAUUCUGGGCUGGGCCAGCAGAGGGCUGCAGAGUGGGGAGAGUGGACGACCUCUGCCCGGCAGCUUCCCUUCAACAUUGUCCAGGGGAAGAUCCAAGAUGCGUGAAGAUUCAUUUUACCGUCACACAAGAGAAAUUCCGAUUCUCCCUGUGCUGUGACUUGGGCCCAAGAUUCCAGACACAUGGAACUGAGCUGUGCACCUCCGUGCCCUAAACAAUGGGUUUUAGCUACAGCUUUUGUUCCUUUUCUCUUUUUUCAGAUCACCAUUGAAGUUGCAUGCUCAGCUCAGAACCAGACCCCCAGCUCAUGGUGCUCUGUCUGUGGUCAGGUGACCUUACUCAGGAGUAGACGUCUCCUUGGCCUUCCUGGUACCUUAUCCAUGCAGAUGUGCCUGAAACAUUCCAGAGCUCACUGGCUCUUCUAAAUGUGCCUUCCUGCUUGGCCUCCAGCUGCUUCUCCAGAUGUGAGAAGGACAUGUAAAAUAGCCCCCACACCCAUUCCCUCCUCCCCCUGAGACCCUGUACCAUAGGAAUGGCCACCUGACCUGGCCCAGAAUUUUUGAAUACUGGAGCCAGCCUCCUUGGCCUCCCUCAUUAGACUCCAGGACUCAGUCCAGCUUGAGACCACUGUGGACUCCUACCAGCCCAAAAGUCUAGGACCACUUGCGGAUCCAAGAGAGGAUUUUUCCACUGUUCUACAAAGGCCAAAAGAGAGGGUGGCAGUGGGAGGGGUGUGGGCCAGUAGCGAGAGGGGACCGAUGUGCCUCAUUUAAUAGUUUAGUGGUGGUUACUAAUUUGCUUUUUGGAAUAAAGUUUGGUUUGUCUGA